CAGUGGGCGGGGAGAGGGAAGGAGGGGCGCGGUGCAGCGGGGACGGGGCGGUCAUCUCCAGCUCCGGGCCGGGGCGUGAGAGUCCCGCACCUGAGCAGCGGAGGGGCCUUGGGGCAGGACGACCCUGAGCCGCUGUUCCGCAGCCAUGGAGCAAGACGACCCGGCCGAGGCGCUGACGGAGCUGCGCGACCGGCGGCUGGGCGCGUUGGGGCUGCUGCAGGUGGCGACGGGCUCGGGCCUGGCCGCCUACACGGUGUGGGCGCUGCUGCUGCAGCCGGGCUUCCGCCGUGUGCCGCUGCGGCUGCAGGUGCUGGGCCAAGGGGCGUGGCGUACCAGCUGCCAGCCGGGCGGGACCCGGGCCUGGAUUGUGGCGUUGAGCCCGGGUGUGAGGGUGCCCUAUGUUGGCGCCAGUGCCCGGCAGGUGGAGCACGUAUUGUCGUUGCUGCGAGGUCGUCCAGGAAAGAUGGUGGACCUGGGCUCUGGCGAUGGCAGGAUUGUGCUGGCUGCCCACAAGUGUGGUCUCCGCCCAGCUGUGGGCUACGAACUGAACCCGUGGCUGGUGGGGCUGGCAUGGCUGCAUGCCUGGAGGGCAGGCUGUGCGGGCAGUGUCUGCUACCGCCGUGAGAACCUCUGGAAGGUGAACUUGAGGGACUGCCACAAUGUGUCUGUGUUCCUGGCUCCCAGUGUGCUCCCACUGCUGGAGGACAAGCUGCAGGCAGAGUUGCCUGCAGGAGCUCGUGUGGUGUCUGGGCGCUUCCCCCUCCCCACCUGGCAGCCUGUGGCUGUGGUGGGUGAGGGCUUGGACCGCGUCUGGGCCUAUGACGUCCACAGUGGUGGGCCAGCUGGGCAGGCUGUCCCAGGGCCCACUUCUGCCUCCGUACCUGGAGCCCCCAGUUGUCAGCUGACCGUUUGGACACAAUAAAGACUCAGUGGGCUCCA